AUGGAUAAUUUUAUUGACCAAUGUGCAGAAAUUAUUGCAAAGCAGCAACGUAAUUUUGACAAACGGACUGUUACGCCAAUGCCGAAUGCAUUCUUGCUAUCAUUACAAAAUCGAAUUAGCAGUUUUCAGGAAGCGAAGUUCAUUUACCUUCUGCAAACGCUUUCAUCAAUUUGUCCAUUUUUGCUAGCGCAAGAUGUGGAAAUUAUUUGUGUGGCAAUUUUAAGUCGUUUCAAAAAUGAGUCAUCACUUUUUGAACAGUGGGAUGUCGAUACUAGAUUGGACGGUAUUUCGAUGCAAUAUGAUGUGAUGAUUGACUUCCUUGCUGAGCAUUUAACCGGACAAAAGGCUGUCGAAUUUGCUAUUAGUGAUGUGGUCUUACCGUUUAUGACAUUUCUGGAAGGAUCUACUGCAUCAUUCAGCCUUGUAUAUAUUAUUUGUAAGCGCUGUAUUACUGUUGGAAGCGAGCUGAUCAGUUCCAAAAGCAUGGAAGAUUUAGCGAAAUCACUAAGCGAUCGAUUUGCACGAGAAAUGACUUAUGUUAGUGCGGAUAUCUGGACAUUAAUUGGCGUUACCGAUUUUGCUUUUCCACUGCUCCAUGUUGCUGAUCUUGUGCUACUGCUGCUGUCGUACUGUACUGAGAAAGCUUUGCCAUCUGGUUUUCUAAGAUGCGCUGAACGUUAUGGCUUUACAUCUGUUGGUAUUGCCAUGGACUGGAUGCUAGCACCCAGUGACGUUCAUUCUCACAUGCUUCGCAUAAGUCAACUAUUUAGCGUGUCAUUGCAGAUUGUCCUUGCAACUGGUGUAGCUGAGGAAAAUCUAUUGGAGUGGAUGCAGUCCAAGUUGCUGAACAAUGAGUUACUGUUUUCCAAGAUAUGUGCAUUAGAGUGCUUUGUACGGAUACUGCUUCUUACAGCAUAUCCACCUAUUCAAAGCUUUAACAAAAUUUGCCCACAAUUAUUUGUUAUUUCAAUAGCACUGCUUCAAAAGCAUAUUCAAAUUAAGCGUAAUGUUUCGUCCGAUAAUGAGUAUUAUAUUCGCAAGAUAUGCAGUACGCUUCAACAUGCAAUGUCAAAUGCUCAAUUUGACAAGAGCCUCCUUUUUAGCAAAUUAAAUCAUCUCGUUUUGCAUUUGCUGCAAACGCUAGCUGAAAUAACGGUGUCUUGUAAUUGCUUUCGGAUUUUCCUUGCAUUCUAUUUUAAUUUGGCUUCCACAAAUCUUACACCGUCAGAUAUACGAAAUGUGUUUGCAACUGUGAGGAGUGCUCGUUAUUUGCAGGUGGCAUUAACGGAGGUUUUAUUGGAAUUACUGCUGAGCGAAAAAGUGGAACCGAAAGACGUUUAUGUUUUUCCACAAAAAAUCCAUGCUCAUGUGAGAUUUAACUGCGAUAGAACAGCACGAAAUAACUUGACAUUUGAUGGGAAUAAUUGGACAGGAAAAUCAGCUCCAUCAUGGAAUGCUUCACUAUGUGAAGAGCGUGUUGAGGAGGUACAUAGCGCCCAAUUACUUUCUGGAUCUUUAAGUAGUUUAGCAAUCAGUAAACUUGAAGGAGAUUUAUUCGAUCGAUGUUGUGCUGCAAAACUUGCCCUCGACUGGUCAUCAUGUUUAACCGAUGGGCUUACUGUUUCUUUUUGGUUGUUGCCACAACAGUGCCAGAAAAAGGAACUCGUUGAUGCUUUAGAUCAGAUCCAUCCGGUUUGUUCAAUGGCUACUAAUAAUUUGAGCUUUCUGCUUCAGCUGUCAUCCGAUGAUCGCACUUUAUAUAUGAGAUGUCUUCGGUCGGUAUUGACAGUUGAUGCCUGGAACCACAUUGUAGUAUCAAUGGUCGCCGUUAAUUCGUUGCAUUCAGUGCAUGUCUGGAUUAAUUCACGUCAUUUCAUCUUGCGUAUGAAACAGAAAUGCACAAAAUCUUUAGAAAAAUUAUCAUUUGUAUUCGGAUUUGGUGCGCUACAAAAAGAUUUGGCUUACUCGAAAGUUUAUGAGCUGUCAUCAAUUCUUUCAUUUCGAGGUCCUUUGAAAACUUCACAAGUACUUAUCUUACGCGCUCUCGGUUGUGAUUGCAUUUCUUUGGCGGCAUGUAAUAUUAGUUCUCUGAUGCUGAAACUGACAUCAUUAUUAUCUUCGCAGAAUGUUUCUUUUCAACAAAAUGCCAUUCUUGAUCUUCUUGCUGAUGUUGGAACCGCAUUUGCUCGCCUUCAGCAGAAUUUUCUUUUUGUCAUAAGAGACCAGAUGGCGUAUAUGCAACGGAAAUCCUACUCACAAACUAGCCAAAGAAAAAUGGAGCUCGGUCACUUGCCUUCCACUGAAAAACAUUUGUUAGAGUGGAAUUGUCCAAUGGUGAAGCGACUGAGGAAAAUUUCUGUCGAUGAUUGUUGGUUAUCACUUGGCUCGCAAAAUCUUUUCCUUUUUAUGUUUGCAGAGGCGAUUGACUUGAAACAUAAUGCAUAUGAACAAGCAAUUACCUUUCGUCUUUUAUUCCAAUUUCUACGACGAGUAAGCCCAUUCAUAAACGAAUAUACCUUUUCAAAUGUAUAUAACUGUGUUAUACGAUGUCUCUCUUCGUCACUUGCUUAUUUUGGUGCUCAAAUGCUUAAGGAAUUUCGAAGUGCAUGUAUUUCGUUACCAUCCAACAUAAAAUGUUCGAAUGAAAGAUCGAAACAAUGGUUCAUUGUUGAUCCAGAACUCAUAGUACGUUUAGUUUGCGCUCCCUUGAUAUGGAAAGGCCGGGAAAAGAUGUUGCAGUGGCGCAUUAUAUUAGAAGAUAUUGCACACUGCAUUUCGGAAGAAAGAGCAGAAUAUUCUGCAUUCAGUAGGGAGCAGCUGAAGCGAGUCAGUUUCCUCAAAAGGAUUUUCCAGGCCAUUUUGGAAAUGCUUGAAGACAAUAAGGACUACCGAAUUGAAGUACAAGAUGUUGCACCAUUAACUGAUGCUCUAUUAACGAUUAUCCAUGUACUGCUAGAUUCACUAUCAGUAGCCGAUGGGAUAAUGCUUUUGUGGAAUUUUAUAUUUCUUUCUCAUGCAGCUGCUCAUGCAUAUAUUACCUAUGGCCACAACGACCAUUUCCAUUGGUUGCAGCAAGAAUUGUUGCAAGAAGAAUGUAAACUCAAUUUGUUAGAGGAUACCGAUUUAGUACGUCGUUUGAAAGAUUAUGGCAGUAUUCUUGGAAGAAGUCGUAUUGUCGAAGUUUGGACCAAAGAACGUUCGGUAGUAAAAUUACGGCAGAUGUAUGAAGCAGCAUGCUUAGAUGAUUCAAACAGUGAACAUUAUGCUUUUUCAAAACGCCCCAGUACUGUUCAUGGGAAAGAUGCGCUGGAUUUGGUUUGCGAUCUACAAAGAGCAAAAAGUGAAUUAAAUGUAAGCAACGAAGAUUUUAUUACGGAGAAGGAACGUUUGAUCGAUUGGUUUUGUGAUCUUCGUUGUAGAUGUUUAGAACAGUUAGCAGUAAUUGUUCAAAAUGCUCCGGAUGCAUCCUUUAAUGAAGCUGUAAACAUGAAGAUAUCAUGGCAAGCUGUAGUAGUUCUGUUGACAAAUCAGUCUGAUGAGCGCUUUCGAAAUAACGUGUUCAACUUGCUGGAGCAGAUUUUGCUUCGAGCAGAUUCAGAAGUGCGACUCGAUUUCAUAAGAAAGAAUGGAUUUGAGUUGCUUUCCAGCCAAAUGAAAGGUUAUCCUGUAACAGAUGAAAUAGCCUCAUCACUGUUCUCUUUGCUUUUUGAGGAAGCAGUUCGUUUCAAUGUUGAGCUGGGUUCAGAUCAUGUGUCGUCUUUAAAAGUAAAUCAAUUCAAAUGCCUAUCACUGAAAGCAAUAUUUGUUUUAUGGGAAGAAAGUGUUCACCAUUCAAGCUUGCAUAUCUACUGGAACAUUUCGUCUAUGCUGAUGGCGUUAUUCAACGAGAACGAAGUGCUGAUGCAAGCAAUGAUGGAUAUUGGCUUAUGCACUACUGUUGUUUCCAUUCUAAGACGAAUCGCUUCACUUCCUCCCAGAGCAACUGAUUUGAUUCACGUGAGUGCAACAGCCCCCUUUAUGGAAUGCUGGUUUGGUAUCGUGAGGAGAAUUAUACGCUUGUGUUUGCCAUAUCGGAAUUCACAUCUGUAUAGUAUGUGUCAAGAGAUGUUAUGGCUGCUAGAAAUGGCAGUUUUGAACACAGACACUCAAUCAGAAAGAAUCACUCGUCAGGGUUUUACCUGCGUAUGUGGCUUAUGGUUGACGGUGCUACAGGAAUCCUACCUAAAUGACGAUAAAUCAGAUUGGGAUUCAAUGAAUGACUUGUUAGCUGCUGAUCAAGAAAGUGCUGAUGAUACUGCGGAUAACGGGAUACAGUGUACUACAUCGCCUGUCAGUAAUUUUCUGUCUGAAACGCUCUCCGCAGUGCUUGGAACGGUUGUUGAUUUUCGAGAUUGCAGAAAAUGUCCCUACAAAAAUACCUAUAGCAAACGCUUGCCUUCAACAGAUGAGUGUGCGGAACGUCUGAUAUUCUGCGUCACUGAAAUUUCGCAGUUUUUUACUAGCAUGCCAAUGAAAUCACUUGAAGCUGUUACAAAUCAAGAAGUGAAAUUAUUUCAGAUAUUCCUGUCAUUUCUAUCUCUAGUUUGUAAUCGAGAUGACACUCGAGCAAUAACUUUUGUGCAUCUUAACAAAAAACAACGUUUAAUAAACGCAUGUCACGAGCGUGUCGGACAUUUGUUUGGUCCACUUAUUGCCUUUAUACUUUUUCCGGCAUCAGCAAAAGCUAACAAAUGGAACUGCACCAAGCCGAAUACAGGAGGAAAUGAAAACAGCUGGGAAAUGAAAAAACGUAUGAUGAUUGUAGAGACAUUAAUGUCAAACAGGAAGCACCUGAAAUUCUUUCUUGGUGCUAAUCUGGAAUAUCAUUGUGCUUUAAAUUUGUCGUUGCACGAAUUGGCAUUGUUGGAGACUGUCGAGGAUUUGAAUAUUCAGAGAGAUAUUGAAAAUUUAAUUAGAUUUUUAAGAAAAUUACAGAUUGAAUCUCCUCUGGCGACUUUAGAUGCCGAUCGAUUUACGUCUUUGAAUGUGGAUGAAUCAUUGGCUGUUCAUGGCUAUCUGGAAUACCGUAACAAAUUUUUAGCAAAGCUACAACAAAGGGCAGCGCGUUAUAUUGCUAAAGAGAAACAACAAAUAAGGAUUCGAAGCGAGAUAGCGAUGCAAAUAACAUGUCGAGUUGUGGAAGACCAAAAUUCGCUGCGAAGAAAUUUCAUGAAAACUUAUCAAGAAUCAGAACUAAAAAAUGUGGCUGCUGAGCUAUUUUUGGACAACUUAUUGACAGAACUUUGUCAUGCAGAAGGUCUUUUUCAUGACCCAAAAUCAUGGCCAUCAAGUUGGGCACUUGACCCUACAGAAGGACCAAACAGAGAGCGUCGUAGAUUGAUAUCUUCACAUUUGUCCUUUGACAUCAAAUUUUUACGACCACAAUCGAUAAACAAGAUCAAAAAACGAGAAGAAUCUCCCCCUCUAUUUCAUUUAUUGAACGAUCUAAGAGGAAACAUGAAUGAAUUGAGCUUAGAAGAUGGUUUAGUACCUGGUGAACGUAUUAUCUUAUCACUACCGGCUGUGAUUGUGAGAUCGACGGUUGAAAGUAGCGGUGAAAUUCUUGCUGGUGACAAAAAAUUUUACUUUCACAGUGAUUACACAAGAUCCGUACAGAAGAGAUUAAAUCGUGCAAAUACAUUGUUUGUUCGAUGGAGCUAUAGAGAUCUGGUUGAAAUCUAUAAACGGCAUCAUCUUUUGAAGGAUAUCGCUUUGGAAAUUUUCUUGUCAGAUGGCCAAACUUAUCUGAUUGUUUUCGAGGAACAAGCGAAGCGCGAUCAAUUCGGUUUGCAAAUAUUGUCAUCCGAAUUAUGUAAGUUAUCUGAUUUUUCGGACGUAUCUGUACAAUCAACCGCACAAUUGUGGCGGGAAGGAACUAUCACCAAUUUCGAAUACUUGAUGCAUUUAAACAAAUUGGCUGGUCGUUCGUAUAAUGAUCUCAUGCAGUACCCAGUGUUUCCAUUUGUUUUGUCAGACUAUAAAUCCAGUGUAUUGAACCUCAAAAAUCCAGUGUCAUUUAGGGAUUUAAGCCGCCCGAUGGCAGUUCAGGAUAAACGGUUAGAAGAAUACUAUCUCCGAAAAUACAGUUAUCUAGCUCGUGAAGAAGUUCAAGCAUCCCCUGGUUGUUCACCAUUUAUGUUUGGGCCUUAUCAUUAUGGAAGCCAUUAUUCAAAUAUUGGCAUCGUUGCACAUUAUCUUGUUAGAUUACCACCAUUCACUGAUAUUGCACUUGAAUAUCAAGACAACAAUUUCGACAUUGCUGAUCGGUUAUUCAAUUCAAUUGAAACCACAUGGCGUUUGGCAAGCUUUGAUUCAACCACUGAUUUUAAGGAACUUAUCCCUGAAUUCUUCUAUUUGCCUGAUUUUUUGAUGAAUAAAGAAAAGCUGAAUUUGGGAGUACGCCAAAAUGGCGAUAUUGUGGACGAUGUUAUUCUGCCGACAUGGUGCCAGGGAUCAGCACGUUUAUUUGUGCUUAUUCAUCGACAGGCACUUGAAUCGUCUGUUGUUUCAUCAACGCUGAAUUACUGGAUUGAUCUCAUUUUUGGCUAUAAGCAAACGGGAAAGGCUGCGAUCGAUGCAAUCAAUGUGUUUCAUCCCGCGACGUACAGGAUGAAUACGAUGAAUGGUAUAAAUGACGAAUCUGAUGAUUUAUCGACCUCCGCACUACGAGCUAUGAUACAAACUUAUGGACAAAUGCCAUUGCAGCUUUUUCAUUCACCUCAUCUUCCACGUUUGUAUGGGAAACUACAUCAAAAUACCUCCAAAUCUUCGUUGAGCCCACUUGAUACGGUCAAAGGGAUACGAUGGGGUGAAUUUGUCGGGAGUCCGGAUUCUGAAUUAGGAAAGUUAGUCGUCGUUCUAAAUCAAAAACUACGGUAUAAUAAUAAUUGUUCUGGUCGCCUUGUUGCAUUCUCAGAAGGAACUUGUUUUGCUUUUCCGAGCAAUACAUGCUUUGUUUAUAAGUAUGGAGAAGUCCGAAUACGAGAUCUCUGUAGUUAUGGAUUGGUAACAUGGCGGUACAAUGAUGGAAUACUUCGAUUGCGUCUUCACCAACCGAAACUAUGGUGGGAUUUGGCCAGUUAUAAUACCUAUAAUGUGGUAACAGCAGCUUAUUGUGUUUCAUUUGAUUUACUGUUUGUGGGACUCUCAUGCGGUAUUAUACUCACUUAUCGCAUACUAUUAAACGAAUUUGGUGUGAAGGAUUUUGUGCUUUUAAAAACGUUAUACGCUCACGAUGCUGCAGUACAGGCAUUAGCAGUUUGUGGUGAUUUUGCUGUUAUGGCUAGUGGUUGCGAUAUGGGCAAAAUUUGCAUUUGGGAUCUAAAUCGUUUAUCAUAUAUUCGAACUCUUGUUCCGAGUAAUGGAAAGGAAGUGCAGUUCAUUUGUAUAAGUCGAACUAGCUGUGACGUGGCUAUCGUGGCAUAUUCCGGUUACGGGAGCCAUGUAACACUGCAGACUAUCAACGGGUUAGAAAUCGGUAGUAUCGAUACCGAUAUCGUUGUUACUGCAGUUGCUAUGACAUCACUUUCUGAAGGAACUGCCGUAAAUUGUAUUUUUCUGGGAAUGCAAAAUGGAGUGAUUAGAAUAUUUGAUAUGUGGACAAUGAGAUUUGUGCGUGAUAUCGUCGAUUACCGGUUCCUUGAGCCUAUUGUCAGUAUUAGUUUUUCGAAUCGUUGUACGAGAUUGUUCGUUAACUUCGUAUCUGGUCGAGUGUUGUGCUGGCAAGGAGAAAAUCUGCAAUCAAAACGGCCACCGUCACUGAGGAUUAUUGACGACGUGUAAAUUUUUGGUGUCGCUACACGUUAAUUUUUCAUUCAUACUGUUUUUUAAUAUUCUGUAAAUUGACUGUUCGCUGUAAAUCAAUUUUUGUUAUAUUCAUUCUAGUUGCUGUUAGUUUUUUUUUUCUAAAUCACGAUUUCUAAUCAGUCGGUAGAAUAUUUGUUCAACCAAAUGGAAUUCAGUAAUGUAUGGACGAUCAGCACUAAUAUCAUUCAUCUUGUUGUCUUUCUAUAACCUCCAUCGCCUUCUUUAUUACCCCGAUAACGUUUUGCUAUUCUAAUCGGUCACAUUAAUUCCAGUUAUCAACUUGAUUUUGCCUACCCCCAAAUUAUUGCGUAUUUACAAUGCUGCAAAAUGAUUAAUUACUUUGCCA